GGUGGGGUGCGCACGGGGAGGUGGAUUUGGUGAGGUUCUUUGUGUGUCCCGUAUUAAAAAAAAAUGUUUUAACCGCGACGGAGGAGAGACAGUCACGUGCUAUAUCCAAUCCCAUGGUGUAACUAGUGAGACGUUUGUAUAUUGUGGUGAGAAAGAGGUGAAAAUUGUUCCGAAUUUUUUGAAGGGGGUUUCGAACACAGGCUGAAUUCAAAGAAUUGAGAAACGCAGUCGGCUUCCAGAUCUGAAAGUCUCUCUCCCCCCACCCCAGAGGCACCAUGAGCUGGAGUUUCCUGACGCGUCUCCUGGACGAGAUCUCCAACCACUCUACCUUUGUGGGCAAGAUCUGGCUCACACUGCUUAUCGUCUUCCGCAUUGUGUUGACUGCUGUGGGAGGCGAGUCCAUCUACUACGAUGAACAGAGCAAGUUUGUGUGCAAUACCCACCAACCCGGUUGCGAGAAUGUGUGCUACGACGCCUUUGCACCACUCUCGCACAUCCGCUUCUGGGUGUUCCAGGUGAUCAUGAUCACCACCCCCACUAUUCUGUACCUGGGCUUCGCCAUGCACAAAAUCGCUCGCAUGGACGACAAUGAGUACAAGCCCCGCGGGAAGAGGAUGCCGAUGGUGAGCCUAGGGACCAACCGGAACUACGAGGAGGCGGAGGACAAUGGCGAGGAGGACCCCAUGAUCUCCGAGGAGAUCGAGUUGGAGAAGAAGGAGAAGCCUAGCAAGAAGCACGAUGGACGCCGGCGCAUCAAGCGCGACGGCCUCAUGAAGGUGUACGUGUUCCAGCUGCUGUCGCGUGCUGCUUUCGAGGUCUCCUUUCUGUUCGGCCAGUACAUUCUCUACGGCCUGGAGGUGUCUCCCUCGUACGUGUGCAUGCGCUCGCCCUGCCCGCACACAGUGGACUGCUUCGUGUCGCGUCCCACGGAGAAAACCAUCUUCCUGUUCAUUAUGUAUGCGGUGAGUGCCCUCUGUCUGCUUUUCACUGUGCUGGAGAUCCUCCACCUGGGUUAUAGCGGCAUACGGGACUGUUUCUGCCGUCCUCGUCCUCGCCUCCCAACCCCCCACCAACUCGCCAGCCAGCAUCCCUCACUAUGUGGCCGCCAGGUUCCCACAGCUCCUCCAGGCUACAACACAGUGCUGAAGAAGGACCCAAAAGGUAUGCAAUCGGAUUACAACCUGGGCGACUCGGGCCGUGAGUCGCUUGGGGAUGAGGCGUCACAGCGGGAGCUGGAGAGGCUAAGGCGGCACCUAAAGCUGGCCCAGCAGCACCUGGACCUGGCCUACCAGAAUGAGGACAACAGCAGCACUUCGAGGAGCAACAGCCCCGAGUCCAACGGGACGGCCGUGGAGCAGAACCGCCUCAACUUUGCCCAGGAGAAGCAAAGCAGCACCUGUGAGAAAGGUUUACGAGCAUAACUUCGUCAUCGGCCCACCUGGCCCUCUCAGGAUAGAUUCUUGCACCUGGGACAGUAGGGGUACCAGGGAGCAUUGUGUGGGGAUGUGACUUGAGGAGGAUGAAUCCAUCUUUCUGUCAGUGUUGAGGCCAGUGAACGUUCAAGGGAAACAUGCCAAACUUAACGAGCAGCGCCUUCCUACCCAGCUAUACUUGAGCACAUCUGAAGAUCCAAAGUGUCCACAAACUAGUUUUCAGAACAUUCCUAUUUGUCUCAGGGUAGCUGUGCUGUUUUUUUGGGGGGGGAAUACUAGUGUUUCCUCUUGUUUGUAGUUUUUCCCUCUGCUGGAGUUUUUAGAGGUCAAUCUUAAGUUUGCCUUCAACCUAAAACUGGAGUUUACAUUUCAGCCAUUCUAAGGUAUGGGCAACCCAAGCGUGUCGCAAAACCAUGUCAAUGUGUAAUUUUUUUGUGUGUGUGUGUUUUGUGAGGAAUAGGGAACCACAGUGAGUCGGUGUUUGGGGAUGUUAACUGGUAUGGUAAUAGUUGGUGUUAGAAGUGAUAUUAUGGAGUGAAUAACUGUCUUCUAUGUGCAACAGCUUACAAUGAGCAAAUGGUUAACUAUUUUGGGUCAACCACCAGAAACAACAGUUACAUUUGAGUUGUAGCACAGCAAUAUGUAGUUUGCAGAAAGAGAACUAACCUACUUUCAUCAUGAACCUACCCCUUCCCAUAAAUCUGACUGUUGCCAAGUCUGGGAACUGGAAGCCUAUUUUGGCACCUUUGUCCAAAGGAUUAAAAAAAAAAAAAAAAACCUGGGUAAUGCUUGAAUUCAUGUGAAUUGUUAUCUUGUCUGGUAAUGUUAAACAUGCUUUUAAUACUGAUUUCUUCCAUUUUGUUAAGUGUAACAUGGAAAGUGUUUGGACGACAUUGCAAGAUUAAACCUUUAAGGUCAGGAUGGCCAAAUUGUAACUAUGAAGUUUACUGUUGUCUUUUUGGGAUUUCUACAUUAACUGAGGGACUCAACAGAUUUGGAGUUAUUUUCCAUCAUUGAGGACUAUCCACGAUUUGUGGGUAACGUAUCUAUGCCAUACACCAGUUGAACUCUGGGUCUUGUUCAGUAGCGCACAACAUAGCAAUGUUUUGAAAGGGAAAAUGUAAUUAAUCCUUCUUAUAGGGUAAGUUCCUGUAGUACCUCUCCCGUCCUGUUUUGUGCCUACUGAACAUGAACCAGAGACCCAAGAUUUAAAAAAUAUCUAUAUACAAACGACGCAUUUACUCUGUCGAAUAGCAUUUUCAGAAAGUAAUUCAAGACCCCCACAAUUCAGGGUUAUUUUUCUAUAUGGUUUUGUUCAGUGAUUUCUCCUGAAAUUGGGACAUGUAGAUUUGUGGCUCUGUGUUACAACUCUAUGCAAUUCAAAAUGUAUGCUCGGUUCAGUGUUCAUUAUUGAGGCAUUGAUGCAAGUAACAUUCAAAAGCCUUCAAGCUGUUAAUAAUGACCCCCAUGCUGCAGUCUCUGACUGUUGUAAAUGUUAUCAUUGUUAUCUUUUUUUAUGGUUGAAAUGACCCAAUGCCUUGAAUGUGAUCUUAUGAUGCCAUCAGUGCACACAUUAUAUCAGCAGUGCCAUUAAGUGUCAACUGUCAUCUCAAACAAUUUGUUUAAAUACUUUUGUAUGAAUAGUAUUUUUGUGCUCAAUUUCUUAAAUAAAUUUUCCUAAUAAAUCCA